CAAAAGAGAAAAGGUGCAAAGAAUAAUCUGUCAGCAAAAGCAAAUUAAAGAGAAACUAUAGCUCUUUUUUCUACCUCUGAUGAAUCGUUCUUUAAGAAUAACAAGUGCUACAGCGUGAAGAACGUUUGCAUGUCGUUCUACGGUGUUAAAUACGUUAAUUAACAACAAUAUAUAUACUUUUUCUUUUUCAUUUGAAUUUCUUAAUUAUUAAGGGAAGAAAAAAAAAAGGCAUGUUAUCCAUGCAUGCAUGCUGUUCUAUUUAAAACGAUGAAAGACGAUAGGAAAAGAAAGAGAUGUGGUCGGAGAGAGAAGAAGAAAGAAGGUAAAGGGAAAUGGUAAAUCCUAUCCCAAACUUUGCCAGGAACAUUUGGGGCAAAUGGAACAUUCAGGGUGUUGUCCUUUUGAGUCUGACCAUGCAAAUAGUUCUGAUAUUCAUAGCUCCUUUCAGAAAACGGUCGAGAAAUACAUUGUUGGUUUCAGUGCUUUGGUUCACGUACCUUGUGGCAGAUGUCACAGCGGAUUUCUGUGUUGGCCUCAUCUCCAACAAAUAUGGUGAUAAAGACACGGCAGUUUCCACCAUCGAUGACUACUUGCGAGCGUUCUGGACACCCUUUCUGCUGCUGCACUUGGGUGGNCCUGACACCAUUACUGCUUUUUCUCUCGAGGACAAUGAACUUUGGCUCAGGCACAUGCUUGGACUCACGGUGCAGGUAUGUCUAACGGGUUACGUGUUCCUGUUGACACUUCCUGAAAACACGUUAUUGAUCCCUACAGUCCUAGUUUUCAUGGCAGGGGUCAUCAAAUUUGCAGAACGAACUAUUUCUCUUCAACAUGCAAGUGCUGACAACUUCCGACAAUCUAUGAUUCAAAAGGCUGAUCCAGGUCCCAAUUAUGCAAAGCUCAUGGAUGAGCUGAAAUCAAGACAGGAUGCAGGACUUCCAGCACACAUAGUAACCAUGCCAGAAAUCUCAGAACAAUAUUUGUACUUUGAUGAGUCAGAACUAGCUCCUGCCAAACCAGAUGAUCAACACACCAAGACACCUUCUAUAGACAAAAGUGAUGACCAAAUUGAUGGCAUUGACCCUUACAAACAAUCUCAAGUGAAAGAAACACCCAUUAGUGCCAACGCACAACCAGACACUCCCAAGAGUCUCCCCCGUGAAGACGGAGAUUCUUCAACUCAGAGAAAUGUUGAGAAAGAGCUAUCGGAUUUGGAAGUAAUGAAGGAUGCUUAUGACUACUUCAACAAAUUCAAAGGGCUCGUUGUUGACAUGAUCUACAGCUUCCAGGAACGCAAUGAGAGUCGCACUUAUUUUCUCCAAAGAACAGCAUUGGAUGCUUUGAGAGUGAUAGAGGUUGAACUCAACUUCAUCUACCAAGCUUUCUACACCAAGACAACCAUUAUAGAGAGCUGGUUAGGGCUUUCUUUUCGAUUUCUGUCCAUUGCUUCAGUGGUAGCAGCUUUGGUUGUUUUCAUUUUUGACGAAAAGAGGGGUUGCGAACCCUUUGAUGUUACAGUCACCUACAUAUUGUUGUAUGGUGCUGUAUCCUUGGAAGUCGUNUCCAUUUUCAUGUUCAUUUUCUCUGACUACUCNUUUGCANUAUUGUACUCUCGCGGCUCUCAGAAAAUCAGUGAUUCUGAUNGUGGCACUAGAGUUGGCACGGUAGCAAAAAAACUAGCCACNACUUUCAGUUNNGUCCUGAAGCUUAAGAAACCCAAAUGGACAAAACACAAGGAUAACAAGCCAAAAUGGUUAGAAAAAGAGGAAUACNAAGUUUUGAAAAGAUGCGUACUGUUUCGUAGAUGGUCUGAAACCAUCUCGGCAUUCAACUUGAUAUCACGUUGCUUAGACAAGAAGAAUAAAUGGUUGGAUUGGGUGAUUAGAAAAAUUNGAGUCGAAGAGUUUGUGGAAAAAUGGGUGUNUGAGAAGAAGAGGCCAUUGCUUCAGAAACUUUGGAUUUUUAUAUUUGACGAGCUGAAAAGAAAAUCUGGGGAUGCAGAAGAUGUUGAAACUAUUCAAAGAAUAUGUUCCUCUAGAGGAGAGUGGGUUAUCCGGGAAGGUGAUCUAGAUCUAUCACAAGAUGACCGGAACAAGUUGUUGCCUUAUGUGGAACGCAACAAAGUCACCUUUGAUGAGUGCCUAAUUAUGUGGCACAUUGCCACUGACCUCUUGUUCUAUGUUGAACAUAAGGAGCAGAUAGCUCCAGAUCUCGAGAAAGGAAAUCAUGAUGAUGGUGUAAAUGGUGAUAAAGCGGGGCAAAAGAAAACGGAAGAGAAUAAAAAGAAAGAAAAUAAUGAUCAUGAUCUCAAGCAAGUAAANCAUGGUGAUUGUGAAUAUAGUGAUAUUGAACUGCGGCAUUUUAGUAAGCUUUUGUCGGAUUACAUGUUGUAUCUCUUGAUCAUGCAACCUUCCAUGAUGUCUGCUNUUAGGGGAAUUGGGCAGAAAAGAUUCCUAAACGUGCGUGAAGAUGCCACUAACGUCCUAGACACGUGUGAAGAGGCCACUAACUUCUUACACAAGAGGAGAAGUAUUGCUGCUCGAGAAAAGAAAAUGAUAGAGGGAGAAGAAAAACGAGAAGAAGAGAGAACUAUGAUGACGUCGACCAGACCAAAUUGGCUUCUCUAUCAGGCAAGGGACAAGUGGGACAAGCUUGGAGAAUUCAUUAAGUUCAUCAAAAGGGGGUUAAGUGGCACUCGCUGUGGUCGAAUUCUUUUGAAAGAAAAAGAAAAGGAUAAAGAUCCAGAAAGUAAAAUGAAGAAGGCAUGCGAGGCACUAGAUAGUGUGUCUGUUGAAUAUGAACCCUCUGCUGUGAAGGGAGAUCGGAGCAAAUCUUUGUUAUUCGAUGCGUGUAAAUUGGCGAGUGUUAUAAGACAUUUAGAGGGGACGAACAAAUGGGAACUGAUGGCACAAGUAUGGGUGGAAUUAUUAUCAUAUGCAGCAGCAAAUUGCAUACCAAUCACUCAUGUCCAACAACUUAGUAAAGGUGGAGAAUUCCUUUCCAUUGUUUGGCUAUUGAUGACUCAUUUAGGCCUAUCCAAGCAGUUUCAAAUCAAGAAAGGCCAUGAAAUAUGGUAAAAUUGGUCGUAAGUAAAGAAUAUGAGGAGAAAAAAAAUGAGCGCAAAAGUAGCUAAAAGAAAUAACUUCAAUAUAAUUUGUUGCUUCUUUUUUCUUGUUCAAGACUAGAAGAUGUAGGGACCUUGUUUAUUUUCUGUGUUUGUGGUAUAAAAUGGGUUAUUUCUUUCUUUUAAUUACGUAGUCAUUUUUGG